AUAUUGUCCGAAUGAUGCUAAUGUCAAUACAUGAAUAUAUAUCAAUAUACAAAUUAUAGUUCAGUAAGUGGUAGAAUACCAAGGUAAACAGCAGAUCUAUUUAACAUUGUCAAAAUGUACAAACUAUUAAUUUUGCUUACCGCAUGUUGUAUGGAUCUAUACACAUGUCAGGACUUAACAGAACAGAAAGUAGGAUAUUUUAACAGACUUAACCAUGCAGUGAAACUUACAGACAAUGCUUUGAAAUAUUCCUCAAAACAGAAUAAAGUAUUGCCCGUAUCUCGCUUGGUUAUUACCAAAGAUGACGUCAUUAAUCGCGCGGAGGAAGUCUUGUCGUCAGGAUUGCUAGACAACCCGCUUUUCGAAGUCAGUAGCUUGUGUUUAAACAACACGAAACUUUUUAUUGAAGCUCUUAUUCGAAAUGAAGACUGGGCUGUGAGAAUGUUUGAUUCUAUGGGAAAGCCAGGCAGUGACUUACUAGAUGGGAACAUUAGAUGGAUAGGUAACUGGGAGGAAUGCAGAGGGGUUGUAGCGACAGAAUAUUAUGAUAAUUAUACCACUGUGCUUCAUCCGUAUAAGGGAAAGUAUUGUACAGGAUAUAUACCAAUCCAGCCGCCGCAACAGGUGUAUAUUCAAAUUGGUAUGUGUUUUCCUGAUACGUGCAGCGAAGCAGACACCAGUGCAUUGCUGAGAACACUUCAAAGUUUGCUGUCUCAAGGGAAACCAUUUAAUCCAGGAGGCUGCCUGUGCAAGGAAAACUCACUAGAAUAUUCCGAUAAAGCUAUCACUGUUAUUGUGAUUUGUGGUGUUUUUGGGACGAUCAUUUUACUAGCGACACUUUAUGACGUCAUUGUGGAACAUUUUCUUUCAAAAAGAUCAAAAGGCUACGCACCUUUAAUGCAGAAUGGAAACGAUUAUGGAUCAACUGGUCAUCGCAAGGUCAACGGCAAUGUUCGAAAUGGCCAUAAUAUCAAGGAAACCUCUGUUCAUGGCGAUAUAAUCGGAAAGGAAAGCAGAUCUUAUCGACAGGAACCUGUUUAUUCCUAUUACACACCAGGUAUCUUUGGAAGACUUCUUCUGUCCUUCUCUGUAUAUACAAACGCUGCCAAAAUUCUGAAUACAAACCAACCUGCAGCUACUCUGACCAGUGUGAAUGGUAUCCGAUUCAUUAGUAUGACCUGGGUCAUUCUAGGUCACUCGUAUUUCUUUGGGCUUUCACAAGUCGAGAAUGCAGCAACAUAUCUGCCACAACUCUACAAGCGUUUCACCUUUCAAGCAAUUUCGAAUGCGACUGUAGCGGUUGAUACAUUCUUCGUGUUAAGUGGGUUGUUGGUGUCAUACCUAUCUCUGCGUGAAAUGGAGAGGCGAGGAGGAGCACGUAAAUUUAACUGGAUUAUGUUUUACUUUCAUAGAUUCUGGAGACUUACACCACCGUACAUGCUAUUCAUAAUGUUAUAUGUACCGACAUUCAAAUACUGGGCUGAUGGUCCAUUUUGGCCUCAACAAGGUGUUGAAGAUAAUGAAUGCAAUGAAACAUGGUGGACAAACCUGCUAUACGUCAAUAAUUUUGUUAAAACAGACAAAAUGUGUAUGGGUUGGAGUUGGUAUUUAGCAAAUGACAUGCAGUUUUAUGUGAUAAGCCCUAUCAUGCUGAUCCCAUUAUAUUAUUCACCGCUCCUAGGAAGUAUGUCUUGCAUGUUACUUGCUCUAGUCGGCUUCAUCAGCGCAGGCGUUAUUUCCAAAACUAAUCACUUUGAAAUGGGUGUUGAAAACAAUGAUAAUUUCGACAAGUUGUACAUCAAGCCAUAUACUCGAGUUGCUCCAUAUGUUGUCGGAUUCUUCACUGGCUUCCUACUGUACAAAACAAAUUGCAAGGUCAAAAUGCCGAAGGUUAUUAACAUGUUUGGCUGGGCUGUUGCCACCACGUUUGCAAUGCUAGCUCUCUAUGGACUGUAUACACCCGAUGGUGGAACUAAACACCUAAACGAAGACGUCACGGCGUUCUAUAAUGCGUCGUUCAGAACCGCGUGGGGAAUGGCGGUCGCAUGGGUUAUAUUUGCGUGCGCAACUGGAUAUGGUGGACCUGUAAAUGCAUUGUUGUCAUGGAAAGGCAUAAUUCCUCUCAGUCGGCUGACCUAUUGUGCAUACUUGGUUCAUCCUAUCGCAAUGGACCUGUACUACAAGAGCAGAAAAACUCUAAUGAAUUGGUACGAUCUAGAAAUAAUCUAUCUUUUCCUUGGUAACCUGUGUAUAUCCUACGCUGCCGCAUUCAUUAUAUCACUGGCGUUCGAGUCGCCGAUGAUGGGACUGGAAAAGGUGUUAUUGAAAAGGAACAAGAAUAGUUAACCGAACAUUCUACUGAAGAAUAAAUAUUUUGUCAUUGGAAUGAAUUCUAAUGGCUUUCUAGACAAAAUUCAAGCUUUCAUUCGCUUUAAACAAACACUUAAUGUAAAGUAAAACUAUUAUAGAAAUAAUGAUAUAUUUUACAAAUAUGUAUAGUCAGAAUAAAACUGUUAUUUUUCAUGUAAUAUAUCGUAUAAAUGAAUCAGUUGGAAUAAUAAUCAUUAUGAUAGUUUCCAUUUCUUUAAGCCUCGAUUUUAGUAUCAAGUCAUUUCAACAUUCUGUAUAAAGAUUUACUGGAAUAUGAAAAUAAUAAAAAAGUUGAUAAAAUUGUA